CAAACACACACACACACACAAAAACACACACACACACACACCCCGGCUAAGUAUAUAUAUGUUGUCAGUCCAGGACUCCACACACCUCCAAUUAUCACACUCCACCAUACUCUACAGUCCUCAACAGUCUUCCUCAGCUCUGCAGUCAUGAGUAGUCGGGUCAGCAGCAGCAGGUCCAGUGUGCGGAGCUUCAGCAGCAGUUCUCUGGGCUCGUAUCCCCGGGCUGGAGCGACCAUUCCCCGCACUGGAACCUCAUAUUUUGGCUUUGGGGAUGCUCCAGCGCAGAGCCUGCCUGUUAGGGCCGUAACUGUGGACAGGAACCUGCUGACCCCCAUGCAGCUGGACCUGGACCCUGACCUGCAUGCGGUCAGACUGCAGGAGAAGGAGCAGAUCAAAACACUCAACAACCAGUUCGCCUCCUACAUCGACAAGGUGCGCCACCUGGAGCAGCAGAAUAAGUUAUUGGAGACAAAGUGGAAGUUGCUGAAUGGUGAGACGCGCAAGGACUCCAGGUUGGAGCCCAUGAUGAAGAAUUAUAUCAGCACCCUGCAGGCCCAGCUGGACACCCUUAACAGAGACAAGGAUCGGCUGGACGCUGAACUCCACAGCACCCACCAGCUGGUGGAGGACAACCAAAACAGGUAUGAAGACGAGAUUAACAGAAGAAACGCAGCAGAAAAUGAUUUUGUGAAUGUGAAGAAGGAUGUUGAUGUUGGGUACUUGGGAAGAGCAGCACUGGAGGACAAAGUGGCCGGAAUUCUGCAAGACCUAAACUUCUUUAAGGCAUUUUAUGAAGAGGAGCUGCAGGAGCUGCAGGAGGAGCUGAAGGAGACCUCGGUGGUGGUUCAGAUUGAUAACAGCAGGCAGCUGAACAUGCAGAAGAUCGUGGAGGAGGUGAAGAGCCAGUAUGAGGAGAUCUCAGCACGCAGCCGCCAGGAGGCUGAAGCCUGGUACAAGAACAAAUAUGAACUCAAACGGUCUCAGGCUGAUCAGCGCGACUCAGAGCUGAAGAACAGUAAGAGUGAUCUUGCAGAACUCAACAGACAGAUCACUCGCCUGCAGACUGAAAUCACCUCCGCUAAAGCACAGCGUGACCUUGUGGACAGUCAGAUACUGCAGGCGGAGCGUCGUGGUGAACAGGCAGUGAGUGAUGCUCAGAUGCAGAUCAGAGAGCUGGAAGAAGCUCUGAAGAAGGCUAAGAAGGACAUGGCCAAGCAGCUCCGCGAGUACCAGGAGCUCAUGAAUGUCAAACUGGCUCUGGACAUUGAGAUCGCCACCUACAGGAAGCUGCUGGAAGGAGAGGAGAACCGAAUUGAACAACAAUCGGUCAUACAUGUCCAGAAGGUCCCAAAAAACAACCUUGCUGUGCCUCCGGUACGCAACUCUCCUUCUAAGGUCCUCAUUAAGAUGUUCGAGACUCAGGACAACAGCGUGUUCCCUUCUCACAGAUAAAAUAUACCUAUUAGUUGAUAUUUAGUUGAUUGUGUGUGUAUCUGUCAACAGCACAGGACAGCAGCUGCUCAUCUUCCUUAUCUUUCUCAAGUUAUUCAUCUCUUUCAUGUAUGUUCUGUUCUGGAUUCAUCUUUUAGAUCUGAUACUGAACAUGUUCAAAUAUUAAUAAAGUUUUUUUUU